AUGUCAUCUCACGACCCCGGCUGCCCCUUCUGCAACAUCGCCACAUUCUAUCCCCCUUCCCCUACCCCGUCCGCGAACCACGACCAAACAACGCCCUCCUCCUUCGUCGUGUUCUCAACCACCCUCUGCGUCGCCUUCCUAGACAUCAUGCCCCUCUCCCCGGGGCACCUCCUCAUAACCACGCGCGCCCACCGCGAGAAGAUCUCCGACGUCAACUCCUCGGAAGCAGCCGAGCUGGGGAUCUGGGUAUCGAGGCUCAGCCGCGUGAUGGCAAGGGUGACGGGGGUCUGGGACUGGAACAUUGUGCAGAACAACGGGGCCGCGGCGAGCCAGGUCGUGCCGCAUGUGCAUUACCAUCUGGUGCCGCGGCCGAACCUCGAUGGGGAGGCGAGGAAUCGGAGUUUUACUAUGUUUGGGAAGGGGCAGAGGAGUGAGCUGGAUGACGGGGAGGCGGCGGAGCUGGUGGGGAAAGUGAAGGGAGAGUUGGAGAGGGAGUUGAAGAGGAUUGAGAGGGAGAAGUUAUAG